AUGCCAGUUCUUGUCUCAUCGGAUCAGCCAAUUGGUUCUUCUUGUACCGCUGAUGCUCUCACCAAGUUGAUUCAAAUCAUUGUGCGUUCUCGACUCGGCACCCAUUACGUUUGUGGCCAAGACCAUGCUCCAGGCGACCUUUGUUGUUUUGCACUAUGCUAUCAAGGAGAGAGCUUUUCUCUUAUUCUCAACACCCAACAAAAGAAUGGAUCUCUGCUAGAGCGUUGGAUAUUGUCAGUGGAUUCAUCAUCAUCAUCAAAGACAACAUCGAUAAGACACGACAACGGCCCAACCACAAGCAUGAUGAGGAUGAAACAGCAACAGCAACAGCAACAACAACAAGAUAAGAAGGAAAAUGGAUCACAUGAUAUGAUACUUUUAUUGCAAGCAGUGUAUUCGUAUACGAGGAUGAUGCCAGUUCAUACGAUGGUGACGAAUAAUACGAUGAGCAAGUCGGAACUAGCCAUUACCAUGCGACAUUCGGCUGCAGGUCUCAGCUGCUUUUCUCAUUCGCCCUCGCCUGUUGAAUUUUCCCAUGAUGCGCAUUUGCAAACACACCAUUUUCAGCCCACUUUUUUGAGUUCUAUUGGCACCGUCUCCCUUGAAGUCGUCUAUGCUGAGAAACGUACCAUUGUUACAGAGCCGGUUGUUGUAACCAUGCGACGCCUAUCUCGAUUGUCAUUAUCAGCUAUGGAUAUGUCUGAAGAGGAUACCAAUAAUAUCAAUCCAAUUGCCAGCCCUAGCAACAACAACAACAACAACCCGCUUUCUUCCAUGCCGAUCCCCACAUCACGUAUGCAAUAUACCCGACGAUCAUCCAUCGCCUAUUCCACUUCACCCUCUUCAUCUCUACGUGGAGUCAGCAUCAAUAGCAACAGCAACAACAAUACCGGCAGCUUUAUGUUUGCAGCCCAUAGCAACAAUAGCAUCAAUAGCCAUUUCAUCACUAGCAACAAUAGCAAUCCACGACGUCGUUGCUCCCUUGGUGGCGCUGAAAGUUUUGUUGGAAGCUAUGAGGAAUCUUUAUUAAGUGGUCGCAUGUCAACAGUACCCUCCAAGCCCAUUGUCUUUCAAGCACAGAUUGGUGUCCUUGGCCAUGGAGAUUGCACGCCCAAAUGCCCACCUCAUCGGACCAUUCUAUUCCCGGCAUUCUUUUAUGAAAGUGAUGCAUCCUUACCAUCACCUUACGUGGGCACGGUUGAGUUGACCAAGCGAUAUCGAGUCCCAGCCAAAGGCCAAUUACAGAUUGUGAUCAAGAACCCGAACAAGACGGCUGUCAAGCUGUUUUUGAUUCCAUACGACGUCCUCAAUAUGCCUCCCAACACAAAGACCUUUUUGAGACAAAAGUCGUAUGCAGGCGGUUUGCGUUAUGCUAUCCAUCUUCAACUUUGCCGCACUGAAAAGAAACGUGUUUAUCUAUACAAGCAUUUUCGGGUCGUCUUUGCCAAUCGUAUUUCGGAUGCGCGUGAGACACUCAAGGUGACAUGUGAAGGCCCUUUCGAUUAUGUUCCUCUGACACAAGCAGAUCGUGAAUUCCUUUCCUGA